AUGGAGAAGCACCUCCUCACCUCUGAAGAGAGAACCUUUCAGUACCAGGAUUCUCUGCCUUCGCUGCCAGUGCCUCCUCUUGAUGAAUCCUUGAGUAAAUACCUUGAUGCAGUGAAACCUUUCCUAAAUGAAGAAGAAUAUCAGAGAACCCAGGAGACAGUUAGAAGAUUUGGAAAUGGGAUUGGGAAAGAAUUGCAUGAGAAAUUACUGGAGAGAGCUAAAAGCAGGAGGAAUUGGCUGGAGGAGUGGUGGCUGAACGUGGCCUAUCUUGACCUUCGCAUCCCAACGCAGAUCCACUGCAACAUAGGAGGGCCUGGUCCCUACAUCGAGCACUUCUGGCCUCCAAAAGAGGGCACCCAGAUAGAAAGAGCUUGUGUGCAUGUGUGGCACACUCUGAGGUACUGGGAGAUGCUGCGAAGAGAGAAGGUGGCCAUAGAGAGAUCUGGCAAUGCCAUUCUGGACAUGAGCCAAUUCCGGAUGCUCUUCUCCACUUGCAAAAUUCCUGGGAUUACCAGAGACUCCCUCAGCAGUUAUUUUAAAACUGAGAGUGAAGGUGAUUGCCCGUCCCACCUGACGGUGCUUUGCCGAGGCCGCGUGUUUGCGUUCGAUGCCCUGCAUGAAGGCCACAUGCUGACUCCUCCAGAGAUCUUCAGGCAACUCGCAUACAUACAGAAAAGAUGCCACAGUGAACCAGAUGGCCCAGGACUGGCAGCCCUGACAAGCAGUGAAAGGACAAAAUGGGCAGAGUUACGGGAAUAUUUGAUUGGCCUUGACCCAAAGAACUUAACUCACCUGGAGAAGAUCCAAAGCAGUUUGUUUGUGGUCUGCCUCGAUGGUGCCAGUCCCCAUGCCACUCCUGAGGACUACUCUGAGGUGACCAGGCUGGGGCUGGUGGGGGACCCAACCGUGCGCUGGGGAGACAAAUCCUACAACUGUGUCUUCUUUGCCAAUGGCGUCUGCAGUGCGUUUUCUGAUCAUGCUCCUUUUGAUGCCAUGGCUUUGAUUACCAUGUUGACUUAUGCUGACAAGAUGAUCAUUGAAAAUGAAGGAAAGUGGAAGGGAUCAGAUAAAGUGAGGGAUAUUCCAUGGCCAGAGGAGCUGGUGUUUACAGUGGAUCAAAAGCUGAUCAGUGAGAUUGGACGUGCCAAAGACUUGUAUUACAGAAAGGUGUCUGAGGUGCAGCUGGUGAGUUAUGCCUUCACAUCCUUUGGCAAAUCCUUGAUUAGAGCCAGGAAGCUUCAUCCUGAUGCCUUUGUGCAGCUUGCCCUUCAGCUAGCUUAUUACAAGUGCCAUGGACGCCCAGGCUGCUGCUACGAAACGGCCAUGACGCGGCGCUUCUACCACGGCCGCACCGAGACCAUCCGCUCCUGCACUGUGGAGGCAGUGGAGUGGUGCAAGGCCAUGCUGGAUCCUUCUGAGGCUACUUACCAGCGGCUGCAGCUGAUGCAGAAGGCAUUUGCAAAGCACAAUAAAAUAAGGAAAGAAUGUGAGAAUGGAAAAGGCUUCGACCGUCACCUCCUGGGUCUCCUGCUCAUAGCACAGGAGCAAGGACUGCCUGUGCCAGAACUCUAUGUGGAUAAAGCCUUCACAGCCAGUGGAGGAGGUGGCAAUUUCGUGCUUUCAAGCAGUCUGACUGGCUACACCAGGUUGAGUGGAGCUGCUCUCCCUAUGGUAGAUCAUGGCUAUGGCUUUUUCUAUUCCAUCAGAGAUGACAGGAUUGUUGUGUCCUGCUCUUCUUGGAAGUCGUGUCCAGAGACCAGUGCAGAGGUGCUCUGCAGAACUGUGUUCCAGUGUUUCCAGGACAUGCUCCAGCUAACAGUGACAGCUCAGCUGUGAGGUUGGUCAUGAUGUAGGAAGCUUUGCAAGCUGUCCAGUUAGGUGUAGUACUUACAAAUGGGAUGCUACUCAGAGUAUCCAAGUUAAGUCAUGUGAUGAACUGUGUGAAGCCUGUUCUGAUGGGAUUUACUGUAGGAAUAGCAGCUGUGGGAAUGUCAUCUCCCAGCCCAUGGCAGGGGGGUUUGAACUAGGUGAUCCUUGUGGUCCCUUCCAACCCUGACUGAUUCUAUGAUUCUGUGUGCACCAACAAUGCAAGCAGUAGGACCUGUGUAGAACUAUGCAAUAUUAAAAGAUGCCUCAUCAAUGCAAAUGGCCCUGAGAGAUGGGCUGGUGGAGGAGCUGUAGGAGCAGAUACUUGCCAUCUUAGGAGUUACACACAGAAGACUUUGUAGGCUCCUGACCAGUGGGGCACUUGUCUGCAUACUUGGGAGUAACCACCCUCUCCUCUUAGACACUCACACUUCCUGCUCCUGGUGGUUGAGGUGGAGGUGGAAGGGCCAGGUGGAAGGACAGCCUCCCUCAGCCUGGGGAAUAGUUAGAAGUUCUCUUUCACUUUGGUAACUAAUAAAUAUUGUGUCUGUCCAUGGGGAUGUCCCCACUACCUUUAUUCUGUGAGAGGACUGCAGCCUGCAGUGUUUUGAGGCAGGAGCUCUCAGGAAUGCAGAAAGCAGCACAGAAGUUCAGGUUCCUCAGAAGUUUCACCUUCUGGUGGACCCUGAAUGUCUGCUGCUUUACUGAUCAUGCAGAACAGAAGGGAGCUCUCCAAGUGGGCUGGGGGCAUUCUCAGGAGUUGAAGACUUGAUUCCUCUGUUUUGAACAGCU